AUGUCUGUUAAGCAUUUUUCUUUCUUCGGACAUUUUUCUUUCUCUUUUCUUUCUCUUUUCUUUCUCUUUUCUUUCUCUUUUCUUUCUCUUUUCUUUCUCUUUUCUUUCUCUUUUCUUUCUCUUUUCUUUCUCUUUUCUUUCUCUUUUCUUUCUCUUUUCUUUCUCUUUUCUUUUCUUUUCUUUUCUUUUCUUUCUCUUUUCUUUCUCUUUUCUUUCUCUUUUCUUUCUCUUUUCUUUCUCUUUUCUUUCUCUUUUCUUUCUCUUUUCUUUCUCUUUUUCGUUCUCUUUUCUUUCUUUUUUUUGUUCUCUUUUCUUUCUUUUUUUGUUCUCUUUUCUUUCUUUUUUUGUUCUCUUUUCUUUCUUUCUUUCUGUUCUCUUUCUCUCUUUCUUUCUGUUCUCUCUCUCUUUCUUUCUGUUCUCUCUCUCUUUCUUUCUCUCUCUCUUUCUUUCUGUUCUCUCUCUCUUUCUUUCUCUCUCUCUUUCUUUCUGUUCUCUCUCUCUUUCUGUUCUCUCUCUCUUUCUUUCUUUCUCUUUCUGUUCUCUCUCUCUUUCUUUCUUUCUCUUUCUGUUCUCUUUAAUGCAACCGACUUUCUGUCUACUGUACAUUCCCGGCUCUUCUUUUGUCCGUCUGUCUCUAGGUUCGCGCCUGCUUCUUUGUCACUAUACACCUGCUUUUUUACUCUUUUCUCCUCACCCUCUCUCUCUAUCUCCUUACUUCCCUUCAUUCUCUUUCUUUCCUCUAUCUCACCUUCAUCUUUUUCACUCAUUCUUCUUCCUCAUCUUUAUUUCCACUCACCCUCUCUCUCUAUCCUUCCACUCACCCUCUCUCUCUAUCCUUCCACUCACCCUCUCUCUCUAUCCUUUCACUCACCCUCUCUCUCUCUCCUUCCACUCACCCUCUCUCUCUCUCCUUCCACUCACCCUCUCUCUCUCUCUCCUUCCACUCACCCUCUCUCUCUCUCUCCUUCCACUCACCCUCUCUCUCUCUCCUUCCCUCACCCCUCUCUCUCUCUCCUUCCCUCACCCCUCUCUCUCUCUCUCCCUUCCUCACCCCUCUCUCUCUCUCCUUCCCCCUCUCUCUCUCUUUGUCACCCCUUCUCUAUCCUUCCACUCACCCUCUCUUUGUCACCUUCUCUCUCUCUUUUUUUCUCUCCUCUCUUCUCUCUCUCUUCUCUCCUCUUCUCUCCUCUCUUCUCUCUUCUCUCCUCUUCUCUCCUCUCUUCUCUCCUCCUCUCUUCUCCUCUCUUCUCUCCUCUCUCCUCUCUCCUCUCUUCUCUCCUCUAUUCUCUCCUCUCUUCUCUUCUCUUCUAUUCUCUCCUCUUUUCUCUCCUCUCUUCUCUUCUCUUUUCUCUCCUCUCUUCUCUCCUCUUCUCUCUCUCUCUUCUCUCCUCUCUUCUAUUCUCUCGUCUCUUCUCUUCUAUUCUCUCCUCUUCUCUUCUCUCCUCUCUUCUCUUCUCUUCUCUCUUCUCUUCUCUUCUCUUCUCUCUCUCCUCUCUUCUCUUCUCUCUCUUCUCUUCUCUUCUCUCUUCUCUUCUCUCCUCUCUUUUCUUCUCUCUUCUCUCCUCUCUCCUCUCUUCUCUCUCUCUCCUCUCUCACACACACACACUUUUCCUUAUUCUUUCACUCUUCCUCCCUUUCGGACCUUCUUUUUAUUCUUUGUUUGCUAACCUCUGCUUGUCCAUCUGUCUUUUCUAUGCACCACUCAAUCCACUGGUGUUUGUCCGCUUCUUCCUCCAUCUGUCGAUCACCUUUCUGGGAUAUUGCUCACUCAUCAACAAAUCACCUACUCCCCAAACUGCGCCUGCCCUUACCCAAGGGUUCUUUUUUUCUUUUCCUUACACACGCACGGGUCUGUAA